GCUAGCUCUAUAUAUAACCCAGGUGGUUAACUCACAGGCUAGCUCCAUUACCACCUCAGGCAAAACAACAAGACAGUAAACAAGCUUCGUCGUCGUCGAGGUAAUUGAUCGGAGUCCGAGACGAAGCGCCCAAGACCGACGAGUAUAUACAUAUCGACCAGCCAUGUGCAACAACAGCAGCGCCGGCGGGGCCAUAGCAACGACCCGGAAGGGGCCGUGGACGGAGCAGGAGGACGCCCAACUGGUAUGGUUCGUGCGCUUGCUCGGCGAACGCCGUUGGGAUUUCUUAGCUCAGGUCUCAGGUCUCCGGCGCACCGGCAAGAGCUGCCGCCUCCGGUGGGUGAACUACCUGCACCCGGGCCUCAAGCGCGGCCGCAUCACCGCAGAAGAGGAGCGCCUCAUCCUCAACCUCCACGCCCAGUGGGGCUCGCGGUGGUCGCGCAUCGCCAGGAAGCUCCCCGGACGCACCGACAACGAGAUCAAGAACUACUGGCGGACGCACAUGAGGAAGAUGGCGCAGGAGGAGAAGACCAAGAAGAAGGGCACAUCCGCCUCCUCUCCGUCCUCCUCGUCCACGUCCGCGACGACAUGCUCGGCCUCCGCCACGGCCACGACGUCCUCGGCGACGACCACCACUGACGCGCUGCAGGAAAGUACCAGCAAGGUUCGCGACGAGGCCGACGAGGAGGCCAGCACGUCGGCGUCGGCGAGCGAGGAGAAGAAGGCGGUGCCGUACUGCACCGUCGUGGAGAUGGACCAGCUGUGGAACGAGAUCGCGGCAGCCGACAUCUACCCCGAUAUGAUGAUGAGCUGGGGAGGCGGCCACGUGGCCGUUGCCGCCGCUGUGGAGGCGACGCCGUCGUCGCCGGUGUGGGAGUCCUGCGCGGAUUACUCGCUGUGGAAGAUCGACGAUCAGGAGUACUACAACACGAUCUAUCAAGACGCUCUGAAUUGACAGGGCUUAAAUUUACGCUACGUCCUUGUUCUUAGUUGUACUUGUACUGCGUUGCACUAUUUGUAAUCUGUCUAAAUUAUCAUGCAUGUAAAUAUAAGUAGAAAUUGAGUUUGAGAUUA